AUGGUGAGCCAUCGUCGCCGUCGUUCCACGAAGCCUCUGGCCCUGGCUUCUUCUAUCCUCGCCCUCUCUUGCAGCCACCUCAUCAGCGCAGCUGAGGCCGCAAGACUGUCCGACUAUGUGGACCUCCUCAUCGGCACAGAAGGGCCCACACCAGGCUCGGGCAUAGCCGGUGGGAAUACCUUCCCAGGCGCUGCUCGUCCCUGGCAGAUGGCCAAAGUCGGCAUCGAUACCAGCUACAUGGGCCUGGGAGACCUCGCCAUAGACUGCAAUGCCGGCUACAGUCCUCUGGGCAACGUCACGGGCGUGUCGAUGAUGCACGUCACGGGCACAGGUGGGAAUCCGACCUAUGGACUCAUCUCGCAAAUGCCUCUCCUGGGAACGCUGUCGUCCGUCAAUCUUGCCGACAACAACACCUACUCGCAGAAUCGCUCACUGGUGAGCGAGACUGCCGCCGUGGGCGUGUUCUCGACAACCUUGCUGGAUGGAAUCAAGAUCGACGUUACAGCCUCGAACCACACCGGCAUUAUACGCUACACAUUUCCCUCCUCAUCUUUGUCUACGUCUAAUGUCAGCACAUUUGAGACUAUGGGUACUACUGCCAGCACCACGUCCCAGAUGAAUGCCAACGACGCCCACAUCUUCAUCGACCUAACUCAUGUCCUCCCGGCUCAGAACCCCACCACCCAGAGCUAUACCCAGCAGUUCAUCCGUGGCGAUCUGCAUGUGCGCCCUGGCAGCAGCAGCAACAGCAGCACUUCCUCCUCCUCGUACUACGGCAGCGUCACCUACGCCGGCGGGUGGGUCAACGCCGAGGAGGCCAAGUACUUCUUUUGCGCCAACUUCAGCGUGCCAUCGGGGUCAAAACUGGUGCCGACGAAUGCGUAUGUGCAGCCUGUGGGGUUUAAUCGGGUCGAGGGGGCUGGCACGUUGAGCUGGCCCUUUGAUCUGUUUGCUCCGGCGUCGGAUAGACCGCUGGUGCAGUCUUCUAUGGAUAUCAGGUCGGGGCCGGGGAAUAGGAUGGGCUUGGGAGCAUUGUUCAGUUGGGCGCAGACGACGACGGAAGGGUCCGCACUAGGGAAUGCGACGGCUGUGCUGGAGUCGAGGGUGGGAAUCUCUCAUAUGAGUGUCGAGAGUGCCUGUGGCUACAUCGAACGCGAGAUCCCCUCGACGACGACCUUUGAAGACGUGGUAGAGCAGGUGAAGCAGGACUGGGAAUCCAACGUCCUCAGCGCUGUCGAGGUUGUCGACGACGGCUCCGAGACAAGCCAGAACAGCACGCUGAAGAAGAUGCUCUACACGGCGCUGUACCAGACUGCCCUGAUGCCCACCGACAAGACGGGCGAAAACCCCAUCUGGACCUCCAACGAGAGCUACCCUUACUACGACGACCACUACACCCUGUGGGAUACGUAUCGGACUCUCUUGCCCCUGUACCAUCUUCUUUUUACGAACACCUACAGCCGUGUCGUCAGGGGCCUCAUCAAUAUCUUCUCUUUCGAGGGCUUCCUUCCUGCGGGCCGCGCGGCGAACUGGAAUGGUCGUGUGCAGGGCGGCACACACGCUGAUCUCGUGCUGGGCGAUGCCUUUGUCAAGAGUGUCUUGUCUCCUGUGGCUCCCAGUUCAAAUAACAACGCGACCUCCACUAACAUCACCACGACUGGCCUGGGUGAACUGGGCGACAUUGACUGGGACGAGGCAUACAGGGCCAUGGUGAAGGAUGCAGAGGUUCUUCCCGUGCGCAACGCAGACUCAGUCGCCUUCGACGGCGCGACUAAAGAAGGACGAGGAGCCCUGGACGACUAUCUGCAUCUCAAGUAUAUCACGCGCAACCACACGAGGAGCAUCUCGCGGGGGCUGGAGUACCCUCAGGACGACUUUGCCCUCUGGGCUGUGGCCAAGGGCCUGAAUAGAUCGGCUGAAGCACAGGCUCGGUAUCUGGAUCGUGCUGGCUGGUGGGAGAACCAGUGGAAUCCAGAAGGGAAUACAUCUCUUGCUGUCAAUGGGAGUGAGUCGGCUAAUACCACCUUUACCGGCUUUGCUGGCCCGCGCAAUGCAGAUGGAAGUUUCAACUUCACAAACUACAAUCCUGUCGUCUGCAUCCCAAGCUGCGGCUGGGGCGACGACAUUUACGAGGCCCGCGUCUGGGAGACCUCCUUCACAGCCGCCCCCCACGACAUGUCCCGUGUCAUCCACCUCAUGGGCGGCGACGAGGCCUUCGUCCGUCGUCUAGACGCCUCCUUUAUUCCAGGUCUAGCCGAUGCAGGCACAGGCGACGCCAACAACGACGCCGGCACCGCCCUCUUCAACCCAGGCAACGAGCCCUCCUUUCCCAUGCCGUUCCUGUACAACUACGUGCCAGGCCACCACUGGAAAACCGUCAACCAGACCCGCGCCGUCGUCGAUGCGUUCUACAGCGACGCGAGGGACGGCUACCCCGGCAACACGGACGCAGGCGCACUGCCCAGCUGGCUUGUCUGGAACCUGCUGGGCGUGUAUCCUGUCGCGGGCCAGGCGCUGUAUCUGCUGGGCGCGCCGAGGUUCAGCUCGCUGCGGGUGAAGCUGUUUGCGGGGACCGGGUUGGAGAGGACGCUCGUGAUCCGGGCGGACGGGUUGGCGGAGGAUCGGGUCUAUCCGCAGAGGGUGACGCUGGACGGGGUGGCGCUGGACAGGGCGUGGUUGAGCCAUGGGGAGCUUGUGGGGGCAGAGGAGCUGGUGUUUGAGAUGGGGUCUGAGCCGGUGGCGUGGGAUGUGGGCGAGAGGCCGUGGAGUUUGAGUGGGUGGUCAUGA